CUCCUCGGCAUUCCCAAGCCCACUUACGCUUCUUCCAGCAAGUAUAUGGCUCGUAGCCAUCCUCGACACCACGUUGCCAACCGUAUGGUCAAGCUCGCCCUGCGCACCGACACCAGCGCCAACGAGGAAUUCGCACGCAAGACUCUCAGUGGCUUGGGAGAGAUCCACCGUGGACGUGCAACUUGGUUCGAGCCUGGUGAGUGACUGACACAGACAAGACAAAGGCUUGCGCGAGCCUCGAUGCCGACCUUUUCUUACUUUCUACCCCUCCUCCGACAAUCCUCUGCCUGUUCAGAUGUCAACUACUGUGGUGGCACACAUUCGACUUCUUCCGACAUGAUCGUCGCUGCUUCUGCCAAGCUCUUCCAAAAGUGGGGAGGCGGCACCAAGUCUAAACUCUGCGGGCAGAGCAUCGUUCUCACCGCCAGAGGCAAGGCCGUCAACGCUACCAUCCAAGACGAGUGCCCAGAGUGUGCAGAAGGAUCCAUCGACAUGUCCCCAGCCGUCUUCAAGCAACUAGCAGGCCUCGGUGUAGGUGUCCUGGGAGACCUCCAAUGGGCUUUUGCAAAGCCCCAGUCUGACGAUUCGGACGAGGAGUAGAUGUUCGCUUUCCCACACUCUCGACCUUCCUAGUGUAC